AUGGACAUGUUAGCGAAGGAGCUCUCCCAGAUCGCGACUUCUUUGAGUGAGAUGCGCGGGAACGAAGGAAGGAUCCAUGCCUCAGUGAAACCACCAGAUAGGGCGAACAUCAGCCAGAUCACCCUAAGAUCUGGACGGGAAUAUGAUGGUCCAAGUAUGAAGAAAGAUAAAGGGUCUACUCCAACUUCACUGGAAAAGGAAACAGGAACAAAGGAAGUUGAAACAGGGGAGGUCAGAACAGUGGAUUAUAACCAGAGCAAAAACGGUGAAAAACCAGUACCCCAAGAAGCUGACCAACACUUCUCAGGCCCAGGAGUUGAGGUGGAGAUAGAAGAAAUCAGAAGAGAGGCUGGAGAAUCUUCCAAGGGAGACGGUAGCAACAACGAAAAGCAAGUGAAACCCUUUCCCUACAGAGGGGAACUCAAGAAGAAAAAGGAGGAUCCAGCGGACUUCAAGGAAAUUUUUGGGAAGCUGGAAAUUAACCUGCUAUUUCUCCAAGCUCUAAAGCUGCCCAUCUUCAGCAAGUUUAUCAAGGAGUUUAUCACCGGGAAGACCAAACCCAGCGGCAAAAUAGUGAUUGGAGAAACUGUGUCGGCCGUGAUUCAGAAGAGAAGAAUGCUCUCCAAGCGUAAUGACCCAAGUAUGUUCACUCUCCCCAUUUCAAUUGGGAAUAUUAAAGUCGAGCAUGCUAUGUGCGACCUAGGUGCAUCAAUAAAUGUUUUACCGCUUUCCCUCUAUAAGAAACUGGAAGGAGUAAGAAUGGUUGAUACGAAAGUGGUAAUUCAAUUAGCUGAUAGGUCGUGCAUCAGUCCUGAGAGCGUGUUAGAGAAUGUAAUAGUCAAGGUGCAUGAUUUUCUAUAA